GAAAUAUGAAGAGUGACAAAAUAUAUAGACUAUAUGAUGAUUAAAGAAGAAACCAUAUUAUAGAUCCGUUGAAUUUCAACUCCGCUUCAAUGGCUGCACUUGGCAUCUUCACUUUGCCUCUCGCAACCCUAAUUUUGGCGUUAAUCCUAAGAAUUGCCUUGGUUGUAGUUUAUCACCGGCGAAGGCGUAGCAAUUCCGUCGCUUUCUUUCAUCCCUACACCAACGACGGCGGUGGCGGCGAGCGAGUACUAUGGUGCGCCAUCAAAGCCGUCCAAGAAGAGUCUCCGCACCUCGAUUGUGUCGUAUACACCGGCGAUCAUGACGCUUCGCCUGAAUCUCUUUCCGCUCGAGCGAUUGAUAGAUUCGGCGUCAAGCUGAUCCGCCCCCCGAAGGUGUUGCAUCUUUAUAAAAGGAAAUGGAUUGAAGAAGCUACAUAUCCUCGAUUCACUAUGAUUGGUCAGAGCCUUGGUUCAAUGUAUCUUUCAUGGGAAGCCUUAUGCGCAUUCACUCCUCUGUAUUAUAUUGAUACCAGUGGAUAUGCAUUCACAUAUCCAGUUGCAUGGAUGUUUGGAUGUAAAAUCAUUUGCUACACACAUUAUCCAACAAUUAGUUUAGACAUGCUAUCCAGGGUUAAUGCACGGAACUCUAUGUAUAACAAUGACGCCGUGAUUGCUAAAAGUGCCUUUUUCUCGCAGUGUAAAGUUAUCUAUUAUAAGCUAUUCAGCUUGAUGUACGGAAUUGUAGGCUCUCAUGCACAUCUUGCAAUGGUUAAUUCCUCAUGGACACAAACUCAUAUUCAAAAGCUUUGGGGGAUUCCAGAUCGUAUUAGGAGAGUUUAUCCUCCUUGUGACACUUCUGGUCUUCAGAUACUGGCGUUAGAAAGGUCAGUGGAGCCAAUAAAGAUUAUUUCUGUGGCCCAAUUUCGUCCAGAGAAGGCACAUUUGCUUCAACUUGAGGCAUUUGCUGCUGCCAUCAAGAUUUUGGAUGCAGACCUGCCAAGACCUAAGCUACAAUUUGUUGGUAGCUGCAGGAAUGAAGCUGAUGAGAAAAGAUUGCAAUACUUGAAGGAGCGAGCCAAAGAGCUUAAAUUGGAUAAUGAUGUGGAGUUCCAGAAAAAUGUAACCUACAGCGAGCUGGUGAGUCUUUUGGGUGGUGCUUCAGUAGGAAUUCAUUCCAUGGUGGAUGAGCAUUUUGGCAUCAGCGUAGUGGAAUAUAUGGCUGCCGGUGCCAUACCAAUUGCACAUAACUCAGCAGGCCCUAAGAUGGACAUUGUGUUACCCGAAGAAGGAAAGCAAACAGGAUUUCUUGCCCAAAAUUUGGAAGAAUAUGCAGAUGCCAUCGUUAACGUUAUUAGAAUGCCGGCAUAUCAACGGCUUGAGAUGGCUGCUGCUGCGAGGAAACGAGCCUCACACUUCUCAGAACAAAGAUUUUAUCAAGAUUUCAAGUCUGCAGUUCGACCAGUUAUGUCAAAUACCACACCAUGACACAAUUUUAGCUAAUCUUCAACAGGAGAAUUUGUUCAACUUACUUAAACGGAUGAGGAUGACUUAAUUUUCCUCCAUUUGCACUCAGAAUAUAACUUGUUCUUUUUUCUCUUUA